AUGCCCAUGCGUCGGAUAUCCUACCAAAGGCAUCUGGUGCUGCCGCAAACCCAACAGAUCAAAAUGAACGAAACCCAGGAACCAAUAUACGAAAACGUUCCGCUUCCAUGGCAAAACGAAAGUACAACGAGGGAUCGAGCACAGAGUCUGACAACUACCGACGAGAUUUCACGACUAAACGACCGAAAUAGCAGCCAUCCGACCAUAAACAAUUAUGGCAACUUGAAACCGACUCUAAACCUACCGAACUACCACUUACCGGUGAAAAUUGAACUAGACAACUAUUACAUGAAUGCACAAGUUAUUAAGGGUGUGAGGGAGACGAGUGUGCCAAAAGAUCUGAACAUCUCUAGUCGAUCUAUCAACAAGACUGAAGAAUUGGAAAAUAUCUCAUUAGCAGUAGAUAAGCUGUCGUUGAAGAAUGACGACAAAGAUUUUGAUGAGACUCCGUACCAAAGUCUUUCAACCCACAAAAUAUCCAAUAAUAAUAUAAUAAGCAAGUCUAGUGAUAAUGUAACAUCCAUAAUCGUGCCAGAUAUUAAAUGUGGGCAAAGCAUUCAAAACUUAUCACAAAAUACAACGGAUAGUGCUUUAUCAAGCUCUAUUACAAACUCAGCUUACACCAGCGUUGAGUUAGAGAACUCAAAGAAUAGUGUGAGCAAUAAAGAAAAGAAGAGAAGAAGGUGGGGAGUGUUUAUGGGUAGGGGGAAUAAGACGGUGGAAGUAAAAAGUGCUACACUGGGGAGGGAUAGAGCGAAAGCUAACGCAGGGCAGACUGCGAACAAACAUCGGUGGUCUACAGGAUUGCCCAAGUUUCAACCCUUACCUCCCAGCAUUACCAAAGAAACUUUGUGCACUCUACUUGAACGCAAGAUGUCGGACGACCAGCUUGCAUUCGCCUUCGAACAAAUACCCAAGGGUCGAGAGAGUGGGGGUGAAAUUCGCACGGCGCUUUUACCCCAAUACGCAGCUCUCAACGACUUCUGCACCGACCACUUGCCCUAUGAAGACAACAGGGUGAGGCUGCACCCCACACCGGCCAACCCUCAUGGAUAUAUCAACGCUUCGCAUAUAACGAUGACGGUGGGCAGCACGCAGCGCUUCUACGUGGCGGUGAAGUGCGGCGCGGGCAGCGCGGCGCAGCUGUGGGAGUGCGUGUGGCAGCUGGGCGCGCGCCUGAUGGCGCUCGUGGCCGACACGCCGCCGCCCUACCUGCCGCCGGAGCACAGCGCCAAGGACUAUGGACAGUUCAACGUAUCUACAUCGCGCUGGUCCCAAGCGGCUUGGGGCGGAUCGGUGCGACUGCGCGUGCGGCGGGCUGGCGGCGCGGGGAUGGGGACGGGGGGUGGCGCGGCGCGCGUGCGCACGUUGUGGCACGUGCAGUUCGCGCGCUGGUCGCCCGCUCAGCACGUGCCGGACGACGUUUCACAAUUCCUCGAGUUCCUGUCGGAGCUGAAUGGUCUGCGGCUGGCGUGCGAGACAGGAGAGGAGGCGGGGGAUGGUGUGGUGGGGGGCGGCAGCGCGCCGCUCGCCGUGAUAUGUCCGCAGGGCGCCGGCCGCAGUGGCGUCGCGCUCGCCGCGCACCUGCUGCUGCAUGUGCUCGACACCAACCAGGAGUUGGACAUCCCGAGGACGAUAAGCAUGCUGCACCAACAGAGAGCGAACCUCAUACAAAACGUGCACCAGUACAAGUUCCUGCAUCAAGUGCUCCUGCACUAUUUGAAACAGUCGCGCCUCAUUUAG